AUGGAUAUCUCCGAUCUUAUCGAGCCGCCGCAAAAGCGCCUCAAGACCGAGGAUGUCGCCGGCACGGAUGAGGUCGUUCCUCCCGUUGGCAGAGCUCCGCCGCAGACCGACGCCGAAAUCGACGAACAAUUAUCGAAGGAGAUUGAGGUUGGAAUCACAGAAUUUGUCAGUGCGGAUAACGAGGGGUUUGCGGGUAUCUUGAAGAAGCGAUACACAGAUUUCCUUGUCAACGAGAUCCUGCCAUCUGGGAAAGUUCUGCAUUUGACGAACACCACCGCGAAUGCGAAUGAGGACGAGACGAAACCUGAGCCAGCCAAGGAAAAGCCAGAGGAGAAGCCCAAGGAGCCCGAAGCUCCUGCGGAAACUCCUGCGGAGACUCCGGCUCCUGCUGAGUUCAAUUUGACGGAGGAAGAUGCGGCGCUUUUGGACUCGCUCUUCGGCGCUCAGCACACACAAAAGAUUGUGGCAUUACACAAGAAAGCAUUGGCGAACCCGAAGACCAAACCUAGCGAACUGGGCAGACUGAACACCGUUGUUGUUAACGACCGCGACCAGCGUGUCGAGAUGCACCAGGCAAUUCGUCGCAUCUUCAGUUCGCAGAUUGAAUCUUCAACAGACAGCGAGGGAAUGAUGGUCAUCUCGGUCGCCGCGAACCGCAACAAGAGGAAUAACCAGGGUGGUGGACGCAGCGGCAACAACGGCGGCGGACGUGACAAGAACCGUGUAAACUGGGAUGAACUGGGCGGACCGUACCUGCACUUUACGAUCUACAAGGAAAACAAGGACACCAUGGAGGUCAUCUCUUUCAUCGCGCGCCAGCUGAAAAUGAACCCCAAGAGCUUCCAGUUCGCAGGCACCAAGGACCGCCGCGGAGUGACCGCACAGAGGGCAUGCGCCUACCGCCUGCAAGCCGAUCGCCUGGCGAAGCUCAACCGAACGCUCCGCAACGCCGUUGUCGGAGACUUUGAAUACCAGCCUCACGGCCUUGAGCUCGGCGAUCUCUUCGGAAACGAGUUCGUCGUGACCCUUCGCGAGUGCGAGAUUCCCGGAGUCAACCUUCAGGACCGCGCAGCCGCCGUAACAAAGGCAAAGGCGCUCGUCAACUCAUCCCUCCAGAAUCUUUACCAACGAGGCUACUUCAACUACUACGGCCUGCAACGCUUCGGCUCCUUCACAACCCGCACCGACACAGUCGGCGUCAAGAUCCUCCAAGACGACUUCAAGGGCGCCUGCGACUCCAUCCUCGACUACAGCCCGCACAUCCUCGCCGCCGCACAAGCAGACGAGAACGCCGCCGAAGGCGCUACCCCCACAGCAACAAACAUCAGCUCCGAAGACAAAGCACGCGCCCUCGCAAUCCACAUCUUCCAAACAACCGGCCGCGUCAGCGAGGCCCUCGAAAAGAUGCCCCGCAAGUUCUCCGCCGAAUCAAACAUCAUCCGCCACAUCGGCCGCUCUAAGAACGACUACCUCGGCGCCCUGCAAACCAUCCCCCGCAACCUCCGCCUCAUGUAUGUGCACGCCUACCAAUCCCUCGUCUGGAACCUCGCCGUCGGCGAACGCUGGCGCCUCUACGGCGACCGCGUGGUCGAAGGCGAUCUCGUCCUGAUCCACGAACACCGCGACAAGGACGGCACGUCCUCUUCCUCCGCAACCCCAGCAGCGCCCGAAACCGCAACCGUCGACGCAGACGGCGAAAUCAUCAUCGCCCCGCAAGCUCACGACUCCGCCUUCAGCGCCGAAGACUCCUUCACGCGCGCCCGCGCCCUCACAGCCGACGAAGCAAACAGCGGCGCAUACAGCAUCUUCGACAUCGUCCUCCCGCUACCCGGCUUCGACGUCCUUUACCCGCCCAACAAAAUGACGGACUUCUAUAAGGAGUUCAUGGGGAGUCAGCGCGGCGGCGGUCUCGACCCGUUCGACAUGCGCCGGAAGUGGAAGGACGCGAGUCUGAGCGGGAGUUAUCGGAAGGUGCUUAGUCGGAUGGGCGCGGACUACUCGGUUGAUGUAAGGCUUUACGCUAGGGAUGAGGAGCAGUUUGUUCGCACGGACUUGGAGACUCUUACCUCCAAGACGAGGGAUGGCGGUGAUGUGGCUAUGCAGGAGGCCGGCGGAGAGGCCGAGGGCGAUAAGGUUGCUGUUGUGCUGAAGUUCCAGCUUGGCUCGAGCCAGUAUGCGACUAUGGCGUUGAGAGAGUUGAUGAGGGGGAGGGUUAAGGCUUAUAAGCCUGAUUUUGGGGGUGGGCGGUAG